CAACAGACAGCAAAACGCAAAACGGACCAUCUGAUGAUCUGACCUAAACAAAAACAGGGAAGUUACUUGCUGGCGGCAUUCGACGGUCGAAAUCAGUUGGAUUCCGUGCUCUGCUGAGUGAACAACUUGUAAUACAACACCAAAAAACGCAAUAGAAACCAGUAUGAAGGGAUUACUGGUUCUGGCCGCCCUUGUAGGGAUCGCUCAGUGCGUGUCCUUCUUUGACCUUGUCUCGGAACAAUGGGCAUCUUUUAAGCUGCAACACAAGAAAGAAUAUGACAGCGAAACAGAAGAGAAGUUCAGAAUGAAGAUUUUCAUGGAGAACGCACAUAAAGUAGCCAAACACAACCAGAUGUACGAGAUGGGACUGGUUAACUACAAAUUAGGAGUGAAUAAAUGGGCGGACAUGUUGCAUCAUGAGUUUGUGCACACCGUCAACGGAUACAAUCGCAGCCUGGGUAGAUCCAGUGGAUUAUUCCAGGAUGAGAAUGAUAAGGGUGUUACUUUUAUUUCUCCUGCUCAUGUUACCGUCCCCAAGGAAGUGGAUUGGCGUAAAGAGGGCGCUGUCACCGUUGUGAAGAACCAGGGACAUUGUGGAUCCUGCUGGAGUUUCAGUGCGACUGGAGCUCUUGAAGGUCAACACUUCCGUAAAACUGGUAAACUCAUCUCCUUGAGUGAACAGAACUUGAUUGACUGCUCUGGUAAAUACGGUAACAAUGGUUGCAAUGGCGGCCUCAUGGACAACGCCUUCCGUUACAUCAAAGACAACCAUGGUCUGGACACAGAGAAAACCUACCCAUAUGAAGCCGAAGAUGACAAAUGCAGAUACAACCCGAAGAACUCCGGUGCCACUGAUAAGGGCUUCGUUGACAUUCCCUCUGGUGAUGAGGAAGCCCUCAUGAAAGCCAUUGCAACCAUUGGACCAGUGUCUGUUGCCAUCGAUGCCAGCCAGGAGACCUUUCAAUUAUACUCCGAAGGAGUUUAUUAUGAUCCCAAAUGCAGCAGUGAGGAAUUGGAUCAUGGUGUCUUGGCUGUUGGUUAUGGCACCACUGAAAAGGGCGAAGAUUAUUGGUUGGUGAAGAACUCCUGGGGUGACAGCUGGGGUGAUGGUGGAUACAUCAAAAUGGCGAGGAACAGGGACAAUCAUUGUGGCAUUGCUACCCAAUCCAGCUAUCCUUUGGUUUAGUGUGAAUUCAGUGAAGAUUCUUUUGUAUUGUAAUCAUUUUUAGAGUUAAGUUGCUCAAAAUGCCAAAAACGAAUAAAUAGAGUUAUUUUAA